AUGUUCGCUCGCCCACGCCCGCAAAGCCCCUUCAUCUGCCUCCGCUGCCUCCGCAAGGCGUCCCUAUCACCGGCCCAAGCUCCGCGACGCCCCCAUACAACUACGCCCCCACAGCGCCAACCCUUCUCCAGCAGCACCACUCUCCAAAACUCCAGCAACCCACCGCCGCCCCCUCCUUCGGGCGUCUCAGCCCUCCCCCACCGCCGCCUCAUCUCCCUCUCCGGCCGCGACGCGGCCAAGUUCCUGCAAGGGCUCACGACCAACAACGUCUCGCCAUUCGCGACCACGGGGUGGUAUACAGCGUUUCUCAAUGCGCAAGGCCGCGUGCUGUACGAUUGCUUCGUCUACCCCGCGAGUUCUGUGCGCGGGUACAGAGAGUGGCUGAGUGGAGAGGGAGGGGGAAAGGGAGGAGACGGGUUAGACUGGGGCUGCUUCAUUGAGGUCGAUGGGAGUGUGCUGGAGGAAGUGACGAAGCAUCUGAAAAGACACAAGCUGAGGAGCAAGGUUAAUAUUAAGGCGGUUGGGGAGGGGGAGUGGGGUGUUUGGGCAGCAUGGGACGACACCGCACCAUCCGCGUCCUCGCACUCGGACUUGGGAACAGAGGAGGGGAGGAGGCACAUCGACAGGAGCAGCAGCAGCGACUCUGCCGGAUCCACAAACCUGACCAACACCAGCACAUCCCUAAUCCACAUCCCCGACUCGCGCGCCCCAAAAUUCGGCCACCGCAUCGUAUCCACCACCACCUCCUCCACCUCAUCCAGCCCGCCACUCCCACCGCCCCUACAGCACCUCCCCCAAACCACCCCGCCAUCCUACCACCUCCGCCGCCUCCUCCACGGCAUCCCAGAAGGCCCCUCCGAGAUCCCGCCCACCAGCGCCCUCCCCCUCGAACACAACAUGGACCUGAUGUCCGGCAUCGACUUCCGCAAGGGCUGCUACGUCGGCCAGGAGCUGACAAUCCGCACGAAACACACGGGCGUGGUUCGGAAGCGCGUUCUGCCCGUCCAGCUCUACAGGACCGAUUCCGCGGAGCCGGAGAGGUUGCGGUAUGAUGCUGACUGGGCAGGCCCGACGCCGACGCCGCCGAAAGACGCGGAUAUCAAGAACUUCGACGCGCUGGGUGGUGGCCGCAAAGGGCGCGCGGCGGGGAAGUUCAUCACCUCUGUAGGGAAUGUCGGAUUGGCGAUGUGCAGGCUCGAGAUGAUGACGGAUAUCCGCCUGACAGCCGAGUCUGCUGGAGCUGGGGCGCAUGUGCCCGGGACGGAGUUUGGGAUCAAGUGGGUCGUGGAUGAGCCGCUGGAGGGACGGGAGGGAGCGGGGAGGGAGGAAGUGGUUAAGGUCAAGGCGUUUGUGCCGGAUUGGCAUAGGGAGAGGGCUUGGGAGGGGAAGGUGCAGAGGCGGGUGGGGUGA